UGAUAUCUUCAGCCAGAUAUGUGUAGGUCGAACAACUCUUUAUCCAACUACAGGAAUACCAAGCCUCUGUAGAGCCUUAAAAUGUAUGCUGGGCGGAAAAGAAGAAAGCCGGUCCAAAGAGCAGCUAAACAGCUGCCUUCGGAUGGUGUGAAAUCAAACCCGUCCAAGCGUCACAGGGAUCGGCUGAACGGCGAGUUGGACCGGCUAGCCAGCCUUUUGCCAUUCCCCGAAGAAGUCACCACCAGUCUAGAUAAGCUCUCCAUUCUACGCCUCAGUGUCAGCUACCUGCGGGCCAAGAACUUCUUCAGCGAAGCACUGAAGAACCACGUCUCCAAAAGCGUAACGGGCAGCGGCAGCAGCAGCAGUAACCAUGAGAACAACAAGCCAACGGGCCUCUCGGACAGUUGGAUGGCGGAGGGAGAGCUACUGCUCCAGGCACUCAAUGGCUUCGUCUUGGUCACUACCUCCGAGGGAAUCAUAUUCUACGCCUCACACACCAUCCAGGACUACCUGGGCUUCCAUCAGACGGAUGUGAUGCACCAGAGUGUGUUUGAGCUGAUCCACACUGAGGACCAGCAGGAGUACAGGAGGAACCUCCACUGGGCCCUCAACCCCCCCGCUGCCGCCCCCCAGACAGACGACUCGCCACCGGAUGGAGAGCAGCCGGUGAGCAGUGUAUCCCUGGUGACCUACAACCCAGAGCAGCUUCCCCCGGAGAACUCCUCCUUCCUGGAGAGAAGCUUCGUGUGCCGCUUCCGCUGUCUCCUGGACAACUCCUCUGGCUUCCUGGCACUGAACCUCCAGGGUCGUCUGAAGUUCCUCCACGGCCAGAACCAUCGCCUGGACGACGGUUGCCAGGUGCCUCCUCAGCUGGCGCUGUUCACCAUAGCGACGCCUCUGCAGCCUCCCGCCAUCCUGGAGAUCCGCACCAAGAACAUGAUCUUCCGCACCAAGCACAAGCUGGACUUCACACCCAUGGCCUGCGACGCCAAGGGUAAGAUAGUGCUGGGCUACACAGAGGCGGAGCUGAGAGUUCGAGGCUCAGGCUAUCAGUUCAUCCACGCCGCCGACAUGCUGCACUGCGCAGAGAACCACGUCAGGAUGAUUAAGACGGGGGAGAGCGGUCUGACGGUGUUCAGGUUGCUUACCAAGGACAACCGCUGGAAGUGGGUGCAGGCCAAUGCCAGGCUCGUCUACAAGAACGGCAAGCCAGACUACAUUAUCGCCACCCAGAGGCCACUGGUAGAUGAAGAGGGCGGGGAGCAUUUGAGGAAGCGCUCCAUGCAUUUGCCAUUCACCUUCGCAACUGGUGAGGCCCUGCUCUACCAGACCAGCUACCCCAUGCACGGCUUCCCCGAUGGGGUGGGCGGAGGCAGCGGCAGUGGCGCCCACACCAAGGCCAAGAACAGCAAGGCCAAGAAGGCCAAAUCGGACUCCAAGAGUUCGAGUUCCAAGGACGAGCUGGACCCCAGCUCCCUGUUGGGGGCGCUGAUGAGUCAGGACGGCUCAGUGUACGUGUGCCAGCCGGCCUCGGAGCCAAAGAUGCCCCCCUUACGAAGCCUGUUUGGGGAGUCCGACAACGGUUGUUGCGGGGCUGGGAGCAGUGAUGGUGGCCAUGGCCAUGGCCAUGGCAGCGGUAGCGGGCUCGGGUCCGUGGCUGUUCCCAGCAACGGCUGGGGCGUGCCGGCACCCAACGGAUUCGUGCCGUCGGCACUCAGCGACCGCUUCGGUGAACGCUCGUCGUCCUCCUCGAAGGGCGAGCCGUCGAGCUUCGAUCCCUUGCUGGCGACGCUGGACUCCCUGACGCUGGAGAGCGAGGAGAACUGCUCCAACAGCGAGCUCUUCAGCGCCCUUGAGAACCUGGGUCUGAACGCUGAGGACCUGGAGCUCCUGCUGCUGGACGAGCGCAUGAUCCGCGUGGAGAUGGAGCCCGACUACGUGCCCUCGCUCAACGACCUGCUGACCAACAACGAGAUCCUCUCCUACAUCCACGACUCGCUGGAGAACGAUUCCGGGCUUCCGGUCACCAGUAGUGGCAACAACAACACCAGCAUCAUCAGCAGCAGCAGCAGUAGCAGUAGUAGUAGUAAUAGUGCUAGUAGUAGUAGCGUAACUGGUAGUAGCAGUUUGCGGGCAGACCCACCCUCCACCACCACCACCACCGUAUCACCUCCACACCUCACUCUACCCCCUGCGACCUUCACCCAGACCCAGACCCAAUACACUCCCGUCACAGAACCGGAGCCAUGCCCUGUGCCCUCCCAUACCCAGAAUAGCAUCCUUCCAAAUGUGUACCAGCAGUACCACCCGCACAAGAAGCCACCCACAGCGUUGCCCAUAGUGCAGCUCUCACAGCAGAUGCAUCAACAUCUCAAUGUGCAUGCUGGUCCAAACGGCCCCCAGCAACAGACUUGGGGGAUGCAAGGGGGUGUCCCCUUGAACGGUCCGACGGCACCAAGGGUGCCCCUCACCCAGCAGCACGAUCCCCACCACAUGCACAUAGACUCGGUAGCGCCAGGGACAGCGAUCCCCAACGGUCAUUGGGUACCGCAGAGGGCAUCCACCACGGGCAUGCAGGACCACUGCCACCUUCAGCAUCCAUUGCAUCAAGGCAACAAGGCCACACAUAAUGCUAUGACGACUACGACCACAGCAUCAGCAUCAACGGCGGGCAUCCAUUCGUCGUGGCAGCAGAACCAGCAGCUGCUUCAACCACAGAUGGUACAGGGCCAGUGUCACUUCAAGCCAGGCUUGGAGACUCAUGGCUUGGCUGGCAAUACCAUGCCCACCCCUGCCGCCACCACCUCGUUCCCCUCCUCCUCCUCCUCUUCUUCCUCUUCUUCCUCCAUGAACGGGGUCUACCCACCAAUGGGCACCAACCUCCAUGACUGGGAUGGAUUCAACUGUACCACCAACCAGCUGGGACUGGUGGCCUCCUCGAACACGCCCUUCUUCCCCAACGGGCACGCCCCACCACCCUCCACACACACACAGACUACAGCGGGCUUGGUUGUGGGGGGCACAGCGCCACACAUGGAUUACAAUAUGGGACAUCCACUGGGAGGCGCAGGCGCGGGGUAUCACCUAAACAACGUUGUAGCAGUAGCGGGGUCUGGGCAGUGCCAGCCCCAGCUAAUGACCCAGCCAGCAGCAGCAGUAGCAGCCGGCUUCCCACUGGGACUUCAGAAGCAGGACAUCAGGAAUCGUCCACCUCCACAGCAUCCAAAGGCAGGCCUAGGCCCAGUACCAGUACCAGGCCCAGUACCAGGCGCAGUACCCCCCAGUAGCAACUGCUGUCCGCAGCAUCCGCAGCACCAUCAGCACCACCAGGGUCCGGCUCAGCAGCACCAAACCUCGCCCCUGGACCACCUGCUAGGGCUCGGGCAGAACCAGCACCAACACCUGCCUCACCUGGAGGACUAUGGACUCAUCAGCAGCACCGGUGACCCGGACACGGUGCCCUGCUCCAAGAUGGAGAGUGUGUGUGUGUUGAACAGCACAAGUGUGGCCUACACCACCGGUCGCCUGGUUCCCAACGGCAACGCCACCACCCCCGGAGACAACCUCCUCCCCCACCCGGAAGGUCUCCCCAACCUCGCCGACCCACAGUCCUCUGGCUUCUACCUCUGAGAGCACGAGGACAGGACACACACCCCUCAUGGAGUCACCAGCCAAUCAAGAGCCAGCCAUCAGUACAACUAGGAAGGAGAGGAAACAACAGCAACAAAAAACAGAAGAAAAGAA